UUUCUAUUAUUUCCAUUUACGGGACAAAGUAGUUCAAUGAUUUACGCCUGAUACGGGUCAACCGGGGCUCCAAGAUCUAGAGAACCAUUAUACGGUUACUGCUAAUGCUAUCUGUUUCUUCGGAGUCAUAAUAAGGCGUAGCUUUCCACCACCGACGCUCGUGUCUAAACUUUCCACCAUAACGAUCAUUAUUUUGAGAGUUCAAUCGCCGAUUUUACUGUAAAAAUGACUGAAAACUCGCCAGACGAAGCAAAUGCUAGCCGGAAAGACUUCAUAUGUGGAGUUGUUGAAGGCUUUUACGGUCGCCCGUGGACCACGGAGCAGCGGAAAGAUCUUUUUCAAAAACAAAAAAAAUGGGGCCUAGACAUGUAUGUGUACGCUCCAAAAGACGACUACAAGCACCGUGCCUAUUGGAGAGAGUUGUACACAGUGGAGGAGGCGGAGCACCUCACGUCCCUGAUCUCUGCGGCCAGGGCUCAGGGCAUUACGUUCUGUUAUGCUCUGUCUCCGGGCCUGGAUAUCACAUAUAGCAGCCAGAAGGAAAUUACCACCUUGAAGAGGAAACUUGAACAGGUGUCCCAGUUCGGCUGCACUUGCUUUGCUCUCUUGUUUGAUGACAUCGAGCCGGAGAUGAGUGAGGCAGACAAGCAGAUCUUCCAGAGCUUUGCUCAUGCACAGGUGUCAGUAACAAACGAGAUCCACCAACACCUCGGCUGCCCUCGCUUCCUCCUCUGCCCAACACAGUACUGCUCGACCCGGGCCGUGCCAACCGUCAACAGCUCCGAGUACCUCAACACGCUGGGGACCAAGCUGUCUCAACAGAUCGACAUCAUGUGGACAGGACCCAAAGUGAUCUCCAAGACGUUGACCACGGAAUGUAUAGAAGAGAUUACCGCCGUGCUGCGGCGACCGCCGGUCAUCUGGGACAAUCUCCACGCGAAUGACUAUGACCAGAAGAGAAUUUUCUUAGGUCCGUACUGCGGUCGUUCGCCAGAGCUGAUCCCGCUGUUACGAGGAGUCCUCACCAACCCCAACUGCGAAUAUAACGCGAACAUGAUCGCCAUACGCACGCUCGCGCACUGGGCGAGCUGCAGUCUUGAUGCGCCAACACACAUGGAAGCGGUGUCAUGGGACAUAAAAUUAGAGUCCGAGAGCGAACAAGGCGUGUGUGAGGACGAGGCACCCGUGACCCUGGGCAAGCAUGUCUACCACCCGCGACAGGCGCUCAGGCAAGCAAUAAUCGAGUGGCUUCCAGAAUUCUCCAUACCCAAGACGGCGCAGGGGCCCGUGAUCAAGCCGCAGCCUCCCGUCACAGUCCCGCCGGUGCCGAUCAUCCCGAUCCUGCCGAUGGUGAACACAUGCAUGUCGCUGCUAACUGCCACCACCAACACUACCACCACUGCCUCAAACAGCGCCAUCUCUGCCAUCCCGACGGUGUCCACCUCGCAGCUGCAGGCGCUCGCAGACUGCCCGACUGCCCGCCUCAAGCACCAAACAGUAUCGCCAGUAGAAAACUUCAGCGCAGUGACAAACCCCGUCAUGAACUCCCUAGUCUCCCCCACAAAGGUUAUCCUCAACGAAUCCAUUCAGAACCCCAUCAUACCCAUCGCUAGCUCCAACAUCUCCCUACCCAGCGAAAUACCCGUAUCCACCCUCCCCGUUCCACUCCUCGGUAUAAAAUCACUGGAGGAAGCCGACAAAAGUGAAGACCAAAGUAUGGUGGACAGUGACAGACCGGAUAAGAAUGACAGUGUUGUGAAUGACAGUGUUCUAGAAAGUGCCAGUUUUAUAGAAGAGAUGAAAAAGGAUAAAGAAGAGGAUCAGGAUACGAUUAUUGUGGACGAUGAGAAGGAACAACAGCAGAAUGGAGACAUGAGUUUAGGAGACACACCACAGACGUUAAGUCCGAACAGGCCGUCGCUGCCCGAAGGGGAACCCCUCGACGUGGACCCGCCGUCGGUCGCCAACACCGACACGGACGUGGUUAUGAACGACCAACUUAGCGAAAACGGUUCUAUGCAAGUGGAGCCUAGCAACAGCCCGCUGAGCACGGACAUGAUGGUAGAGCCCGCGGAGCCGGUCGAGACUGCAGACGAACCAGUCGAAGAAUCGUCGAUAGACGCGAACGCGCUGACGGAGGACGACUUAGUGCUGCUCUGCGAUCUGUUCUAUCUACCGUUCGAGCACGGCUCGCGCGGGUUACGGCUGUUACACGAUUUCCACUGGUUAACGGGACACGCGGCCGGAAUGUUGCCGAGGGGGAACAAACCUGAGACAAGCGAGUGGCGCCGGCGACGCAGCCGCUUCGCGUGGUGGACGGCCCGCGCGCGGCGCCUGCUGCGGCGGCUCGAGGCCUGCGCCAACCGGGAGCUCCACGCCGAGCUGCAGCCCUACGUGUGGGAGCUGUGCGCCGUGCUCGCGCUGCUGGACGGACUGGUGCGGUGGCUAGAACUUGGCAAAUUCCCGCAGAAUAUUGCAUCGAAUACACAAGGCAGCUAUACAUGGUUCUCAAAAGGUUGGCGGGAAGCGUUUGAGAGUGGAGCUCAGGAACCUUGGGUGUUCCGCGGCGGACUUACGGCCGAUUUACGGCGGCUUCUCCCAGUGGAAUGCAGCGGCGACCAGCUGCGCCCGCAGGCCGUGCCGCGCGAGCCGCCGCUAAUAGUACGGCCUUAUACCGCUACUGAUGAAAACGCCGUGUGCGAGAUAUGCCAUAAAACAUGCAGGGACGGUUCGGAUUGUAGUGACCUGUUCCCGAGCGAUCUGCAAACGUUACCAGCCGAUAGGCUAGUGCAACCAUUCCUAACAUUAGCGCCUUCUCUGUGCAUGGUGAUAGAGGAAGACGAAAUGUUCAUGAGGGAAGGAGAAGACAACGUUAACGGGGUAAAACCAGGAAUAGUUGGCUACGCGUGCGCGGCGCUGAACAGCAAAGAGUUCUACAAGAAACAAGAGGUGGCCUGGAUACCGGAGAUGUGCAAGAAAUACCCCGAGCAGCUAACUGAGAGGCAAGACCUGAGCCAGGCGGCUAAGGAGUGCAUCCGCCACUUCCACCAGUUCAGCGGGCCGGAGCGCGCGCCGGCGGGCGUGCUGCGCGCGCACCCCGCGCUGCUGACGUGCUGCGUGCGCGCCGCCUGCCCCGACCCGCACGCGCCCGCCCGCCUGCUCGCCUGCCUGCUGGCCGCGCUCCGGGCUCACGGUGUGAACGGCGUGCACGCGUGCAUUAACGCGACCGACCACUACCUCCUUCAGUUCUACAGCAAGCUCGGGUUCGCGGAGGCGGCCCGCUCGGGCUCCCGCGUGUUCCUCGUGCGCUCCUUCUAGCGCCGAGUGACCCGCGUCAGGCACAGUAUCAUCCACCGGUUUGUGAAAAUCUCAACUGUCGGUAUGUCUCCUAAAUAGUGUAUCGUGUCUACCUAUAGUAUUUGUUGUAUGUAUGUAACUUUCCA